UCGGUCCAGGGAGCCCACGUCGCUGGCCUGCAGCUCCCACACUCGCCACGACCCGGCCCUUGGGGGUGGCAGGCGGCGUAGACGCAGGGGCUCGUGGGACUGCUGAGCCAUGACGGCCGAAAGCGGGCCGCCGCCGCCGCCCCCGCAGCCCGAGGCGCUGGCUGCAGUGAAGGAGGAACGUGGCGAGACUGCGGCAGCGGGGCCGGUGGUCUCGGCAGAGGCCGGGGUCCGCGGCUCUGGCGGGCGACGGCGCAAGCGCCCCCUGCAGCGCGGGAAGCCGCCCUACAGCUACAUCGCGCUCAUCGCCAUGGCCAUCGCGCACGCGCCCGAACGCCGCCUCACGCUGGGCGGCAUCUACAAAUUCAUCACCGAGCGCUUCCCCUUCUAUCGCGACAACCCCAAGAAGUGGCAGAACAGCAUCCGCCACAACCUCACUCUCAACGACUGUUUCCUCAAGAUUCCGCGCGAGGCCGGACGUCCGGGCAAGGGCAACUACUGGGCGCUCGACCCCAACGCCGAGGACAUGUUCGAGAGCGGCAGCUUCCUGCGCCGCCGCAAGCGCUUCAAGCGCUCGGACCUCUCCACGUACCCGGCCUACAUGCACGACGCGGCGGCCGCCGCCGCCGCCGCCGCUGCCGCUGCAGCCGCUGCCAUCUUUCCCGGAGCGGUGUCCGCCGCCCGCGCGCCCUACCCGGGGGCCGUCUACGCGGGCUACGCGCCACCAUCGCUCGCCGCACCACCGCCGGUCUAUUACCCCGCCGCGUCGCCGGGCCCUUGCCGCGUCUUCGGCCUGGUUCCCGAGCGGCCCCUCAGCCCAGAGCUGGGACCCGCACCGCCAGGGCCCAGUGGCUCCUGCGCCUUUGCCUCGGCUAGCGCCUCCACCACUACCACCGCCUACCAGCCGGCCGGCUGCUCCGGGGCGCGGCCCGCAAACCCCUCGGCCUACGCGGCCGCCUACGCGGGCCCCGACGGCGCGUACCCUCAGGGUGUGGGCAGCGCUCUCUUCGCCGCGGCGGGCCGCCUGACGGGACCUGCUUCGCCCCCCGCGGGUGGCAGCAGUGGUGGCGUGGAGGCCGCCGUGGACUUCUACGGGCGUUCUUCACCCGGCCAGUUCGGAGCUCUGGGGCCCUGCUACAAUCCUGGCGGGCAGCUCGGAGGGAGCAGUGGAGGCGCCUACCAUGCCCGCCAUGCCACCGCCUAUCCAGGAGGGGUGGAUCGGUUCGUGCCUGCCAUGUGAGCCGAGAGUACGGACGAACGCUGUCCACGCGAACUAAAUUUACUCACGCUUGAAGGCAGAGCUAGAGAGAGGACGAAGUUGGGACUUAUUGAACAGACCCGAGUCUCCUGGCGCACCUUCCAUACACCCGGUUUGCUUUAUAAAUGUGAGGUGGGGAGAGGCUGCCACCGCAUUCCGACUGGCACAAGGGACCCGAGGUUGGCGAAGCCCCACAGGACAUGCCUUUCUGGCAUUUUCCAGGAAAGGUCCUUGGUGACACGGGGGAUGGGGCGAAUGUGGUGUCCACACCAGAAUUCUGGAUCCGAAUUAUGGGGAUCACAUAGCUUCACCCUUUCCUCAGCUGCUUAAAAUUGGUCCUUUUUAACUGGUUUGUCCCCUUGUACCUUCGACUGUGUUACUAUAAUAAAGGGCUGCGACGGCGCCUUUCUUCUUAAAGUGCAGGGGGCACAAUUGAAUGAAAAAAAAUAGUUCCUUUUCUUCUUUUAUAAGAGAAUUUCGCUCCCGUGGGCCUGGGCCGCCGCUGAGAAUUGUAGGCCUAGGUCGCAGUCCGAACCGUGCCUCAACUCCCUAGCUGACCCAGUCCCACACCAAAACCUUUAGCCUCUCUAAGUGGUAUACAAGAGGACUUCACGAUUCUACCCACAACCUUAUAAUACUUAGGGGCCCCAUCAUCUUGGAUGCUACCCGGUAUAUUUGGCAGUAUCUGUGGGCCACCGAGGGCUUCCGAGU